AUGAGGAAACAGCCAAGGAAGGGGCUCUCUGCUGUCUCUCCCUUGGCAGGCUAUAGAGAGGGGUUACUAUGGAAACGAGGCAAAGACAACGGACAGUACCUCAGCCGAAAGUUCAUUCUGUCCGAGCGGGAAGGUGUUCUGAAGUACUACAACAAGCACGAUGCUAAGGAACCUAAGGCAGUGAUGAAAAUCAAUACCCUCAAUGCAACCUUUCAGCCAACUAAAAUCGGCAACGCCCAUGGGCUGCAGUUAACCUAUCUGAACGACAACAGCACAAGGAACAUCUUUGUUUACCAUAUGGACGGCAAGGAAAUGGUCGACUGGUUUAAUGCCAUUCGAGCAGCUCGGUUUCACUAUCUCCAAGUGGCCUAUCCUGGAGCCUCCAUCAGUGACUUGGUACCACAGCUAACACGUAACUACAUUAAGGAAGGCCACAUGGAGAAGACGGGCCCAAAGCACAAAGAGGGCUUCAAGAAGAGAUGGUUCACCUUGGAUGACAGGAGGCUAAUGUACUUCAAAGAUCCCCUGGACGCCAACGCACGAGGGGAAGUGUUCAUCGGCAGCAAGGAGAACAAUUACUUCGUUCUUCCCGGUCUCUCCUCGCCCUGCCAGGGUCUUAACUGGCGGUUUGGAGUCACCAUAGUAACCCCCGACAGGAAGUUCCUCUUUGCCUGCGAGACCGAGCGAGCAGAGCAGAAAGACUGGCUCACCGUCUUUCACCGGGUGGUGAGCAGGCCGAUGCUUCCCCAGGAGUACGCAGUCGAGGCUCGCUUUAAGCACAAUCCUAGACGUGCCAAAGAGGUUUGCGUCGGCUGAGAAGGACAGGAGAAGACCUGACGGAUGAGAGAGGUAACAGAUUAGGAUCACAUGAGAAGAUGAGGAGGACAUUGAAGAUGAGAACCAGAGUUGAGAAGAGAUUCGAGUGAAUCUUUAUUACUUAACAAUAGACAAACACACAAAUAUCAAUAACGUUUUAACAAUGUUCAUUUUACAUGUAGUUACAUAUGAAUUGCAUAUGCACAUAUGUAAUUAAAUCGACCCAAGAAGCACUGACCAAACAUUGUGUAUGCCUUUGCUAUUAUUUUAUUUAUAUUACAUUAUUGUGACGUGACCUUUACUCUUUUCACGUCAGUCAAAUAAGGCUUGUUGUAAAUGUGUAACA